AGACAGGUUGGGUAGGUUUACUUUAGAUUGGGUUUUACAAUUCAUCUUUUGAGUCAAAAAGACCAGUGGUUAGAGCUUUACUUUCCAGACAGGUGCAAUGGGUUCUGUAACAAACUCUCUAUUAAAACCAGUUAGUCGAAUUCUUUCAGGUGGGAGGUGACAGAGCUAGCUGUGGGAUCUCUGCCCCAACUAGGUAAUGAUAGGGGAAACAGUGCUUGUGGGCCCACCUGUGAGAACCAGCGUUCGUCUUCACCAGAUCCAGGACUUCCUUGGUGUUCCCCACCUCACCGUCAGUGAACAGGAAGAGCUGUGGAGGACAGAGCGGGAAGUGAUGAUGUCACAGAGCAGGGGUCAUGGUGGGUCAGGGGUUCGGAUGAGGAAGCUGUAUGUUCUGCUGUGUGUGGUACUGACUCUACCAGGCUGCAGAGGCUUCCUCCCCAACUUCUGGUCCCGUGUGUUAACCCUGUCCUUGGACUCCUACACACACCAAUUCAUCACUGAGCAGGGUGUCCUCAACGUCACUCUGGAGACACUGAGUAUGGAUAACACACACCAGCACCGACACACACAGGAGCAGGCAGGUCUGGGUCGGGGGUUCUGGCAUGCAGUGGGGGAGGUGGUGCGUUCAAAUGCGGCCAUGGACUUCCUGAGCUCCACACGGUCCGACCCAGUCUACCACUUUGAUUCGGAGCGCGUGGAGGAAUCUAUUGCGAUGCUACGGCAGUUCUGGGCCCAAACCCUGCUCUCUGCACGGGCCAAAGAGUACCAGGGGGCAAGACACAGUCUGGGACAGCUGCUACACUCAUUGCAGGAUUUCUACAGCCAUAGUAACUGGGUGGAGAUGGGUCAGCACUCAAUAUACCUCCACCUGCUGCAGCCUGGGCAGCCAGCCUUCCCUGUAGCCACAGAGGACACUCCUACCUGUAUGGAGUGUCACAGCGUUACCUGCAGAGACAACCUCCUGCCCAGACUGACCCAGAGUCAGCAGGACCCUCUACUGCUUACCACCGGGUACUUCCGCACCUACCCACCCAAACCACACGGGAAGUGUAGUCACGGGGGCAUACUGGACAGCAGUCGUCACCAGGGGGCCAAGGGGGGCAUCAAUAAGGACAGCACCUCCCCCCUAUUCUCCCCCCAUCACUACCUCCAUGUGGAGGCUGCCCGCCUCGCUACCAUGGCAACCCUUACUGUGCUCAGAGACCUCAGAGACAGUGUGGGCAACACCAGCUUCCUCAGACUCUUCAGUGUGAAGCAGCCUCCAGCGCUGGUGUUUGUCAUGGACACCACAGGCAGCAUGUUUGAGGAGAUCACCGCAGCCCGCCUCCGUGCCCACGCUAUCAUCCAGGCCCGCGCCAGCACUCCCGAGCAGCCAGGCACCUUCCUGCUGGUGCCCUUCCACGACCCAGGGGUGGGGCCGGUGUAUGAGACAGAGAAACCAGAGGAAUUCAUGAGCUAUAUGGAGAACCUGAUGGCUCUCGGUGGAGGAGAUGAACCUGAGAUGUGUCUUUCUGCCAUACAGCUGGCCCUCACUCAUAGCCCACCCCUGUCAGAGAUAUUUGUAUUCACUGAUGCCUCCCCUAAAGAUGCUCACCUGUACAAUGCUGUGAGGGCUCUUAUACUGGAGAAGCAAUGCAAGGUGACCUUCCUCCUGACUGAAGACCCCAGUCACAAGAUGAAGGGCAGCGGGAGGAAGAGGAGGAGGAGGAGGAGGGAGACUCUGUCCCCUGACCGUUUCGCUCUCUACUCCUCCCUGUCCUCUGUUUCCGGGGGACUGACUGUCUUCACCACCAACUCAGACAUCCACCGUGUCUCUGCCAUAGUGGAGGACAAUACAGCUGCAGAUAAGGUCACUCUGCUACAUGCAGAGAGUGAUAGUGACUCCGACUUAUCCCACUCCUUCAGUGUGGACAAUGCAGUGAAGAGCGUGACCCUUCACCUCACUGGAGACCUCAGACAAUGUGUCCUCAGCAGCCCAACUGAUCGUACUCAGUCUCUGUUGAAUCAGCAGGGUCCCCUGGCAGAGUGUGAGCAGUUUCAGGGUCUGUACAGGAUCAGCCUGCUGUCCCCUAUAGAACCAGGCCAGUGGCACCUCAACACCAUUGCUGAUGGUCACGUCACCUUUAAUGCCAUAGCUGACAGCAAUGUGGACUUCCUGUAUUACUUUGCUGUGGAGGCCAAUGGAACACAUCCAGGCCUGGCUAGAGUGGAGGGGAGUCCAAUCGCAGGUGUCCCAACCUUUCUAGUGCUGGCUGUCACAGGUCUAUCGCCCAAUGAGGAGGCCUCUUUCAGUCACGUGACCCUGCUGGGAGCCAAUGGGGAGAGCCUCCAGAAAGUGUGGCUAAACUCAUCCUCUUCAUCUGCGUCCUCUGGAGAGGAGCUGGUUGGCUGGAUGGCCUCUGUUCCCAGGGUGCCGUUCUGUGUCCGUCUAUCCGGCAGAGACGGGGGAGGGAACCGCCUGGAACGCGUUUCCACAGAGAUGAUCCAGCACACACACAUUAAGAUACAGGUCCUGUCUGUCCCAUGUCUGGUUCCUGGCCACAGUACGACAGUAUUUUUUGAUGUUCAGAACCACGGCCCUGCCCGAAACCUCACCCUGACCGCUGAUGACGACCGGGGAUAUCUCUCUCAGAGAGGACCACACAGCCUCUAUGUGGGGGAGACAGGGUCAGUGAGGGGGGAGGUGGAGCUCCAAACUCCUAAGGGGGCUGAGGCAGGAGGAGCUGUCACUAUGACCCUGACAGUGCGAGUGCUGGACUCCCUGGACUCCAACUACGCAGUGUUGCACCUGACUGUGGUUCCUCCGGAUCCUGACAUGUCUCCCCCAUCAUGUUCCAUCAUGCGAGUAGAACACACCUGCCCAGGCCCGAGUCAGUGCACAGGAGCCAGAUGGACUGUCUCUCUGGCUGUGACAGACAGGGGGCGCUCUGGCCUGGCUUCCCUCCAGCUCUCCAAGGGUCAGGGCAUUCUCACCCUGCUCCACAGCCCCACAGACCCCCCAGGGGACAGCCUGGAGGAGAACCAGCCCACCCCCAAGCACAAACCCCAGAACCAGAGAGACAGGGAGAGGACAAGCCCAGCACACGGGGAGAAUGGCUAUGCUGAACUGGAUCCCAGGUUGGUACAAGGUAACCCUCCUCUGAACGUGGCCCAGUGGACAGGUGGAUUGCCCAAGCCUCUGUGGGUGAGGUACACCUCCCCCUGCUGCUCCCCCCAGGCGGAGCUCCUGGUGUGGGACGGGGCCGGCAAUGUGAGGCGCUGCCACCUGACCUCCAGCCAGCAGAGGGGUAUACGGGAGAGGAGUGGAGUGUCAAACAAGGCUGGAGAGAUGCCGCUGCAAAGUUGCUUCCUGUUGUUUUCAUUGUUGAGUUUGAUUUGGACUGUUCCACUGUAGGUUGAUGUGGGAUCAUUUCUCUAUGUCAAAUAACCUUAAAGAUGUUCUGUAACCAAAAGGCUCCUGUUUUUAUGGGCCAUAGAAGCACACUUUAGACUUCAGUUCCUCACUUGAUUCCUUCACUGGAAAGCCGACAAUGAUGAAUUUAGUUGUUUUUUAAAUAGUAUUUUAUUGACAUUGUGUCAUACAAACCCUUAUCCUUGUUGUCGUUUGUUUUUGUUAAUAUUUUUUUAUUACACCUUUUUCUCCCCAAUUGGUAGUUACAGUCUUGUCCCAUCGCUGACUCCCGAACAGACUGUUUACACCACUACAAGGUGUUAGAGACAAAUAAAUCUGUGUCCUUUUUACCUUUAUUUAACUAGGCAAGUCAGUUAAGAACAAAUUCUUAUUUACAAUGACGGCCUACCCUGGUCAAACCCUAACCCGGACGACGCUGGGCCAAUUGUGCCCUGCCCUGUGGUACUCCCAAUCACGGCCGGUUGUGAUACAGCCUGGAAUCAAACCAGGGUCUGUAGUGACGCAUCUAACACUGAGAUGCAGUGCCUUAGACCGCUGCACCAGACUUGAAUUACCCGUGAAUGUAGUUCACCCAGUCCGAACCAUUCACAGUGGUGUUCAAAUCAAAUCACCUGUGUGCACCUACAUUGUAAACUUUCAUUCAUAGGCUAGGUUGUAGCAACCUCAUGAUGGGUUUAGGGAAACGUUUAGUAUCAUGUAGUAGUUUAAACCUAUCGAUGUCACAUUGAACUGGUUGAAUGGAAUAUGAAUGACAGUCAUCCAAUAUGCUAUAAUAGAAAUAAUAAUAAUGCUCAUGAAAAAAACGUCCACCCUCAUCUUUAACGGCACCGACCGCCACACACGCACGGGCACACACCACACACGCAUGGGCACACACGCACACACGCAUGGGCACACCCACACACGCAUGGGC